AUGUGCAUCCCCAAACAUGGCGUUGUCUCUCCAAUGCAGACUUUCUUGGCGGAUUUGCUGAUGGAUGCUUCCAUGGAAUCCUCUGCCGUCGUCUCACCCGUGCUAGUCGUAGACAAUGCUCGGUGCGGGCGCACACCAGCUGCCUUGAUGUCGGAUGAGACGAGGUAUCACAAUGACAUUGAUGCAAGCGGCGGAACUGGUUGCACGGGGGGGCAUCGCAGAAGAAGACGGAAUCGCUGGCAUUGUUCCUCUUCGUGUGCUUUUGACAGUAAAUCCAAACCGACAUGCCCUCCAUCACCCCCUACUCGCAAGCCCUCCAGGAAGGCCGAAACACGGUGGGAAGAAUCCCCCAAGAAGACUACGACUGGGGAUCAACAAGGCUACCAAACCAACGAGAAUGACAAGACUUCACCUCCAACAAGGCCACAAAGGCAUGUAGAGGAGAGAAAAAGAAGAGUUACCGAAAACCCUUGCAUGGUUCUCCCAGUGGCAUCCUAUUGA